CUCCCAUCAGGACUCCUUUGGUCAUAUGACAAAGCUGGGAAAACCUCCUGACUCCCCCCCCCUCCUCCUCGCUCUGUCAGUCGACUGUUUUCUGUCUGUCGUUGUAUGUGUGUGUAUAUGUGUCCGUUAGCUAGCUGUUAGCUAUCGUCACAAUCAACCGCAGUAACGCGACCAUGGCGGACAUAGCCAGGGACCCUCCACCCCAGCACACCGACUUCCAUGAGCUUGAGGACGGGGAGGACCUGUUCCCGGACCCGGCUGCCACACUAGAGUCGGAACCAGCCAGUCUACCUGCUGAAGACAUAAGCACCAACUCAAAUGGACCAAAACAGGAUUCACUGUUUGAUGAUGAUCCAGAGGACCUGUUUGCAGAGGCCACAGAGGAGGUUUCGUUGGACAGUCCAGAGAGAGAUGUCCUGCUGUCUGACGGCCCUUCGCCCGCCAUCACCCCCAUCACCCCUCCCACCUCCGUCCUCACACCUCGCAUCGGCCUUCACGACGACAUGUUCACACACUCCUCCUUCGACGAGAUUGAAGACGAGGAGGAGGCCAGCGAUUCAUUCGACAUGCACAUAUCAGUGUCUGACCCUGAGAAAGUGGGUGAUGGGAUGAAUGCGUACAUGGCCUACAAAGUGACGACCAAGACCUCCAUUUCUCUGUUUAAGAGUCAUGAAUUUUCAGUAAAAAGGCGUUUCAGUGAUUUUCUGGGUCUGCACAGUAAACUGGCCUCCAAGUAUCUGCACAUAGGCUACAUCGUCCCCCCUGCGCCGGAAAAAAGCAUUGUGGGGAUGACUAAGGUGAAGGUGGGGAAGGAAGACCAGUCGUCCAACGAGUUUGUGGAGAAGAGGAGGUCGGCACUUGAGAGGUAUUUGAUGAGGACAGUGAAGCUUCCCGUCCUGCUGAAGGAUCCUGACGUCCUGCAGUUCCUGGAGAGCUCAGAGUUGCCGCGGGCGGUCAGCACUCAGGCUCUGAGCAGCGCCGGACUUCUCCGGAUGGUCAACAAGGCCGCCGAAGCCGUCAACAAGAUGACCAUCAAGAUGAACGAGUCAGACGCUUGGUUUGAGGAGAAGCAGCAGCAUUUUGAGAAUCUGGAUGUUCAGCUGAGGAAACUUCACGCCAGCAUGGAGUCCCUGGUCCUUCACAGGAAAGAGCUGUCGGUGAACACGGCGCAGUUCGCCAAGUCGGCGGCCAUGUUGGGGAACAGCGAGGACCACACGGCUCUGUCCCGAGCUCUGUCCCAGCUGGCCGAGGUGGAGGAGAAGAUCGACCAGCUGCACCAGGACCAGGCCAACGCAGACUUCUACCUCUUCUCCGAGUUACUGGGCGACUACGUCCGCCUCAUCACCGCCGUCAAGGGUGUGUUUGACCACCGUAUGAAGACGUGGCAGAAGUGGCAGGACAGUCAGAUGCUCCUGCAGAAGAAACGAGAAGCUGAAGCCAAACUGCAGUUAAACAACAAACCAGACAAACUGCAGCAGGCCAAAGACGAGAUCAAAGAGGAGAUUGAGGAGCUGGAGGGGAAGGUCGAGCAGGGUGAGAGGGAAUUUGAACAAAUCUCAAAAACUAUACGCAAAGAAGUCAGCAGGUUUGAGAAAGAGAGAGUGAAGGACUUUAAAACGAUCAUUAUCAAAUACCUGGAGUCACUGGUUCAAACACAACAGCAGCUGAUAAAAUACUGGGAUGCCUUCUUACCCGAGGCCAAGGCCAUCUCAUAGAGUUCACACAAACACAACAGACAGUCCUGACUGGCUCCGGUCGAACUACACUACCAAUAAUGCACCGGUCCUCCUCCUCCUCCUCCUCUUAUCCCCGGAGUGAGGAAGAGAAGGGAAGACAGCGAUUCAGCUCUAAGUGACUUUUCUGCAGUUAAAA